CGCCCGUGGUGUCCCGGGUUAAACUCACCCCAACCCCGGCGCGGCCUCGCGGAGCUGGAGCUGAGCUGGGACGGGCUCUGGAAAAGGAGAAGAGCCCCGGGAACCGAUGAGGACAGAGGGGACACAAGAGGCACCAAAAUGCCAUUUCCAUGGAUCGUGCCCUCAGCGCUUUGGUUGGUGCUGCACGUCACGGCAGGGCUGUGCAGGAGAGGGGCAGUGGGCGCCAGCAGGGCCGUGGGGGUCUGUGCCCGGGGCAGCAUCACGGCCAGCAGCGCCCGCGCCGUCCCGAGUGGCACCAGCGUCACCCUGCGCUGCCAGCUGCCACCCACCCAGCCCUGGUGCUGGGCUGCCCUCUUCCUCAACCACUCCGAGCAGGCCAGGACCAAGGGAGGCUCAGUGAACAAAACCCUCCUGGUCACCACCUAUGGCAAGCACACCUUCACCUGCAGAACCAUCUGUGGAGACAGGACAAGAGUCCUCUGUGGAGUCGACAUCCAGUGUGGGAAUCCUCCAGAUGAGCCCAGGAACGUGUCCUGUAUCCAGGAUGGGACACGGGGACGUCCCACCUGCACCUGGGACAAGGGAGGGCUCACCUACCUCCCCACCUCCUAUGGAAUAGAGCUCUCCAACGGGACUGGUGCCUUUUGCUUUCCAGAAGAAUCCCCGGGUCAGGUUCUGGGCUCUGCGGCUCUGAGCCAGCUGGAUUUUGACUCCAAUUACACCCUGGUGGUUUUUGCCUCCAAUAAAUUAGGGAAUGCCUCCUCCCAGCCUCUCACCUUCACGCUGACAGACAUAGUGAAGCCGCGUCCUCCUGAAUUUCUGGUGGAGUUUGACAAUUCCUCUGGCACCAGCUGCAGCCUUUCCUGGCGGGAUGGAGCUGGAGCACAGCACUGCAGGCUGAGGUACCGGCCCUUGGGCAGCCCCGGGGCCUGGAGCACGGUGGAAAGCUUCAACAGGGAGAAAUAUCAUCUGCAGGGGCUGGAGCCUGACACAGCCUACGAGUUCCAGGGGAGCUGCAGGCUGCAGCCCGGCCGGGGGCUCUGGAGCGCCUGGAGCCGGCGGGAGAGCCACAGCCCUGCCGCGGUGCCAAGGGGGAUCCUGGAUGUGUGGUACCGGCAGCAGGACCUGGGCCCUGGGCACCAGAACCUCUCCUUUUUUUGGAAGGCUCUGAGCAGGUCCGAGGCAGGAGGGAGAAUCCUGGGAUACACGGUGACCUUGGAAGCGCUGGAGCAGGGGGAGCAGCCGGCGCAGUCCCACCAGACCGGGCAGAGCAGCUUCUCCAGGGUCACCCCCAGGGUGGCGCACAGGGUCACGGUCACCGCCCGCACCCGCGGGGGCCGCUCCCGCCCCGCCGCCCUCCUCACCCGCCCGGGCAGCCCCGAGCUGCCCCCUCCCCAGCGCGUCUCUGCCGCGGCCCUGGGGAACAGCAGCAUCCUGGUGAGCUGGAGCCCCCCCGAGGGCCCCGCCGUGCCCGUCGGGGGGUACCUGGUGGAGUGGGCACAGCCCUGGGGGCAGCCCCAGCACGCCUGGGUGAGGCUGGCCCGGUCCCAGCUGUCCACGGUGAUCGCAGAGCACAUCAGAGAUGAAGUCUGCUACCAGAUCCACGUGUCUGCGCUUUAUCAGGACAGAGCUGGGCAGGCAGCCUCAGUCAGGGCAAACUCCACGGCGCAAGCCCCCUCAGCUGGGCCCCAGAUGUUCACCACCCCCUGGGCCAGCGGCGUCCUGGUUUCCUGGGAGGAGGUCCCGGGUCCCCAGCAGAGGGGCUGCAUCACUGGGUACCACAUCUACCUGCACAGGAGGGACAGGCAGGGCCAGCCCCAUGUCCACGCGGUUCCCGCGGGGAGCGCUCCCCGCUCCCUGCACAUCCCGGACCUGGAGCCCGGGGAGUGCCACGACCUCUGGGUGACAGCGGCGACAGCGGCCGGGGAAGGGCCCCGGGGCAACAGCGACAGCGUCUGCCUGGAAAGUGCUGGGGGCGGGCUGACCCUGGUGCUCACCUGCAGCUUCCUCAUCCUCUCAGCCUGCGUUUGCUCCGUGCCUCCAGCAAGGAGAGCGUUCCAGUGGCUCCUGUCCCUCCUCCUGCCUCAGUGGCAGAGCAAAGCCAUCCCCGACCCUGCCAACGCCUCGUGGGCCAAGAGCUUAACGGCUGCCAAGGCGGAGCUGAGCGCUCCCUGCAGCCCCUCCCUGCCCAGCGGCUUCGAGGAGCCCGACACGAGCCCGGUGGAGGAGACGUGGGAGCGCCCCGAGCCCCCCGGCCCUGGGGACAAGCUGGCGGUGGGCAGCGCUGGCAGCGGGGGACACGGGCACUGGGCACCGCCGGGCUCGGCAGAGGAGCAGCAGCUCCCGGAGCUCUACCGGAGGCUGCUGGCGGAGCCCCCCGAGCCCGAGUACAUCUCCAACCCCGGCACGGCGGCUCCGGCCCCGGACACCGCCCCCGAGCCCAGCCCGCUCCCCGCGCUCCCCAGCGCCUUCCUGGCUCCCGCCCUGUGCUGCGGAGGGAGCCUGACUCUGGACAGAGUGAAACUGGACUGCGGCUCCUUCCCCAGUGUUUCAGGACAGCCACUCCAGUCGCUCACAUGUGACACCUCCAAGUGACAAAACCCUUCCCAGUCACAGCUGAGCUCUGCACGCUCUGGGAUCAGAGGCACAGCUGGGGAUGCCACAGCUGGAUCUGGGGGAUUUGGGGAGCCCUUCCCGCAGCCUGGGCUGCCUCAAGCCCUGUCCCACAGCCCGGCUGGGCCCAGCCCAGGAUCAGAGCUGGGAAUCAGCACUUCCUCCAGAAAGAGCAGGGAACUGCAGAAGGGAAGGACGGGACAGCUCAGCACCUCUGGUUCCUCCCCGGUGACACCAGAGCCCCGAGGGACACUGCCCCAGAGCCAGGCCCCUUCCUUGCCUCAGCGCAGGGCAGGAAAAUUCCUCACCACAACUAAAAGCAGCAGGCAGGAUCUGUACUCAGUCCAAUGGAUUGUCAAGAGGAAUUUAAGUGAUUUAUUGGAGUGUUCUAAUUACGGGCUGGAAGGGUGUUACACAUUUAAUGACUUUGUUUACCAGAUGUGUGUAUAUAAAUAAAAUGUUGGAAAUCUGAACUUGCCUUCCUGUUGUUCUCUCUGUUGUUCCAGCUUUACGUAGAACAAUUAAAAACAAAGCUGAAAUGCUGCAGUUAGAGAUGGAGUAGUCCAGGUAUGAACUUACCUGGAGCAUCCUCUGCAUCCCAACAAGCUGCUGAUGCCACCAUUCAAGUGCAGAUUUGGGUACUGCCAAGCACCAGCUCAGCCAUUUCUCUUUGGGCUCCUGAGGUCUGGUGUCACCUGUGCCACCUGGCUGGGUGUCAUAAAGGAAAACUUCUCACUCAGAACGGGGACAGACAUCCAAAAACCCAACUUGCUGCCUGCUCUCCACACCCUGCCUGGGAACCACCCUGGCACGAGGAUUCUGCUUCAGCAGCACAACUCAAGUCAGCUCUGCAAACCAAACCAAACUAGAAAGGUAGAUUAGAUAAUAGGAAAAAAGGGGUUUUUUAUAUAUAAAACACUAAUUUGCUAUUCCUAUCUUUCUGCAUAUUUUCUACCUCAACAUAAGAGAAUAUUGGAAUUCAUCUCCUCUCUGUAAAUCUCCAACUCAAUCAAGAUCUGGGGUUUCGUGUCCAGUCUUACUCCAAGAGACAAGGAGCAGAGUUUGUAACUCCAGUCUGGCAGUCUCCCAGCAAUGGCUCUGAGCACCCCAGGAGUGUUUUCCCCUCAGGACACCCCUUCCAGCAGGACUGUGGGGUCUGGCUCUCCUGGGGACACCCCAGGCGUGGAGCCGGGGGGCAGAGCAGCCCAGCAGUGCCAGGGCAGGGAGUUUGGAUCCUGGAAUGACUCUGGGAAAGCAGCAGGCGGGCAGAGCUGCAGGUGGCACCUUUGGGUGUCAGUGCUGGGUUUGUUAAAGCAGAGCUCUGCCUGUGCAAACCCAUCCCUGGGGGCAGAGCUGUUACAGGUGAGGGUGGGCUCAGCUCCUCCAGCCGCUGCCACCACACAUUCCCACGGAUUCCUGACAUUCCAGGAGAAUCCAUGUCCUUUCCCACACAGCUAACUCCUGGAACUGUUCAAUCAACCCCCCCUGCUCCCCCACCACCUCCCACCGUUCCAGCUCUGAGA